GCCCGGGAUCCAAACUUCCGGUGCCUGCAGCGCGCGGAUCGCCACGGCUCCGAGAGGCUGCAGCGGCGGAGCUGCAGGGCGGACGCGCGGCCGGCGCAGCCAUGGUGAAGAUCAGCUUCCAGCCCGCCGUGGCCGGCGUCAAGGCCGACAAGGCAUCGGCGUCCGCGUCCGCCCCGGCCCCGGCGCCCGCCCCGGCCGCGGAGAUCCUGCUGACGCCAGCCAGGGAGGAGCGGCCCCCCUUCCACCGCCCCAAGAAGGGGGGCUCUGUGGGCGGCGUGUGCUACCUCUCGAUGGGCAUGGUCGUGCUGCUCAUGGGCCUCGUCUUCGCCUCCGUCUACAUCUACAGAUACUUCUUCCUGGCUCAGCUGGCCCGAGAUAACUUCUUCCACUGCGGCGUGUUCUACGAGGACUCCCUGUCCCAGGUCCGCACUCGGAUGGAGCUGGAGGAGGACGUGAAGAUCUACCUCGAAGAAAACUACGAGCGCAUCAGCGUCCCUCUGCCCCGGUUUGGCGAUGGGGACCCUGCAGACAUCAUCCACGACUUCCAGCGGGGUCUCACCGCCUACCACGACCUCUCCCUGGACAAGUGCUACAUCAUCGAGCUCAACACCACCGUUGUGCUGCCCCCGCGCAACUUCUGGGAGCUGCUCACGAACAUGAAGAGAGGGACCUACGUCCCGCAGACGUACAUCACGCAGGAGGACAUGGUGGUGAAGGAACCCAUCAGUGACAAGGAGGCCCUAGGCUCCUUCAUCUACCACCUGUGCAACGGGAAGGAUACCUACCGGCUUCGGCGCCGAACCCCGCGGAGGCGAAUCAACAAACGAGGGGCCCAGCAGUGCAAUGCCAUCCGCCACUUCGAGAACACCUUCGUGGUGGAGACCCUCAUCUGCCAGGCAGUGUGAGCCCCGCCACCCUCUCCUCCGCCCCUCUGGCCGCUCUCUGGCCGCCCGCCCUCGCUUAGCUUGUACUGUGGACGCCUUCCCGUAGCUGUGACCUGUCCCCCCCUUUCCGGUCCUACCUGCCUGCCUGUACCAGGGCUGUGGCUGCUCCAGGCCCCGCCUCUGCUGACCUUGUGGCGUGUGGCGGAGGGGGGCGCCCCAAGACGGUUUCUGAGCCCCACUGUCUUCAAGUUGGACCCCUGUGUCCGGGCCGAGGUGCAGGAUUAGAAGGCAGGGCGGGGGCAUGGGGUUCAGAAGUCUGCGCAGGCAGGGAGGUCCACAUGGCAUUGGCCCUGGGUGGCACAGGUGCCCGGGCUGGGCGUGGGCGGAGGGUGGAGGGCGUGCCCGGGGUUGGACCCACCAGAGCACAAGGACCGUGGCUGUCCGGGGCCCCCGGGCCUCCCGUCAGUGCCUUCACCCCCCGCAGGAGCCAGGGUAGGGGUGAGAGGAGUCAGUCCAGCACGAGGUUCUCCGAGUGCAACCAAAGAACUGAGGGGCCGGCCCGCCCCUGGCUCCUGAGAGCACAGCGGGGUCCCCUCGGCAGGGAGGUUGCUUGUCCGUGGGCUGCAGCCCUACGGACAGGCGGGGUGUCGCUUCCCCAGCCCAGGCCUCUGGUAGCCGUGGAGGGCAGGGAGGCCGCCUGGUACCCGCACCCUGCCUCUCGCCCCUCCACAGGAGACUGCGACCUUUUCCUUUUCCUUUUCCUUCUCACUUUUGCAUGUUUUUACUGAGGUUCCAGACGCUAACUGUCCUCGGCCCCAAGCCUGGGCGGGGCUCCGACCCCCGUCCCACUUGGGUGCUACCCAGAGAGGCAGCUUUUCAAUGCUUUGUAUAUUUUCUCUAUUAGAUCUCUUUUCAGAAGUGUCUGUAGAAAAUAAAAAUCUUUUACUUCUGUC